AUGAUCAAGUUGAGGUCAAAGAGGUUUUCAAGAAGCAGCUCCAAGCUUGGCCAUGGGAGCAAAGGAGCAUCAUCCCCAGAAAAGGAUUGCAAAAAUAAUGGUGAAAUCAAGUGGGAACUUAGGCCUGGUGGCAUGCUUGUUCAGAAGAGGGAGAGUAACCAAAGUGCUGGGGAAGGGGUGAUUGCCAUUAGAGUGUCUACUGUGUCUCAAUGGCAUGACAUUUCUAUUGAUGCCACUUCAACUUUUGGGGAAUUGAAAAUGAUUUUGUCACUGGUGACAAGUUUGGAGCCUAGAGAGCAGAGGCUUCUCUUCAAGGGCAAAGAGAGAGAAGACAAUGAAUUCCUUCACAUGGUUGGGGUUAGGGACAAGGACAAGGUCCUACUGCUAGAGGAUCCUGCAAUCAAGGAGAUGAAGCUUCUUGGCAUGGCAAGAGGCCAACAACCCAUUAACAAUGCUUGUUGUACCAUCACUGCAUGA